GCCCCCCAGUCCUCCCUCCCCUCCCCUCCAGCAUGGUGCUCGCGGCCCCGCUGCUGCUGGGCUUCCUGCUCCUCGCCCUGGAGCUGCGGCCCCGGGGGGAGGCGGCCGAGGGCCCCGCGGCGGCGGCGGCGGCGGCGGCGGCGGCAGCGGGGGCCGGGGGGGAGCGCUCCAGCCGGCCGGCCCCGUCCGUGGUGCCCGAGCCCGACGGCUGCCCAGUGUGCGUGUGGCGGCAGCACAGCCGCGAGCUGCGCCUGGAGAGCAUCAAGUCGCAGAUCCUGAGCAAACUGAGGCUCAAGGAGGCGCCCAACAUUAGCCGCGAGGUGGUGAAGCAGCUGCUGCCCAAGGCGCCGCCGCUGCAGCAGAUCCUGGACCUGCACGACUUCCAGGGCGAUGCGCUGCAGCCCGAAGACUUCCUGGAAGAGGACGAGUACCACGCCACCACCGAAACUGUCAUUAGCAUGGCCCAGGAGACGGACCCUGCGGUGCAGACCGAUGGCAGCCCUCUGUGCUGCCAUUUCCACUUCAGCCCCAAGGUGAUGUUCACAAAGGUACUGAAAGCCCAGCUGUGGGUGUAUCUACGGCCUGUACCCCGCCCAGCCACUGUGUACCUGCAGAUCUUGCGGCUGAAACCCCUGACUGGGGAUGGGACUGCUGGGGGAGGGGGCGCAGGCCGGCGUCACAUCCGCAUCCGUUCACUCAAGAUUGAGCUGCAUUCACGCUCAGGCCACUGGCAGAGCAUUGACUUCAAGCAAGUGCUGCACAGCUGGUUCCGCCAGCCACAGAGCAACUGGGGUGUGGAGAUCAACGCCUUCGACCCCAGUGGCACAGACCUGGCGGUCACCUCCCUGGGGCCCGGAGCUGAGGGGCUGCAUCCUUUCAUGGAGCUUCGAGUCCUAGAGAACACAAAACGGUCCCGGCGGAACCUGGGCCUGGACUGCGAUGAGCACUCAAGUGAGUCCCGCUGCUGCCGAUACCCCCUCACAGUGGACUUUGAGGCUUUCGGCUGGGACUGGAUCAUCGCGCCUAAACGCUACAAGGCGAACUACUGCUCCGGCCAGUGCGAGUACAUGUUCAUGCAAAAGUAUCCACACACCCACUUGGUGCAACAGGCUAACCCAAGAGGCUCUGCUGGGCCCUGCUGUACCCCCACCAAGAUGUCCCCCAUCAACAUGCUCUACUUCAAUGACAAGCAGCAGAUUAUCUACGGCAAGAUCCCGGGCAUGGUGGUGGAUCGCUGUGGCUGCUCCUAAGGUGGGGGUCUGAGGAUACCUCCCCCACAGACCCCACCCCUCGACCCCCAGCCCUGGCCCCCAGCCCCCAGGCCCUGGAGCUCCCUCCACCGCUUCCCAUGAACACCGUACCUUGUUCCCUGCCCAAGCCGCGUGCAAUACAACCGAGGGAGGCAGGUGGGGAUUGAGGGGUGAGGGGUUUGGGG